AUGGCGCCUCGAUCACACAACUCAAAUUCGGAAUCUGAAUCUAGAACGAGAACUUCAGGCUCCAAUAACGGCCAUGGCUCUACAACAGGUAGUAACACGAGAUCUGGGGGGAAACAAAGACUUACGGCCGCACAACAGCAGUACUUGAAAGAACUCAUAAGAACGCACAUACAGAAUAAUCACCCUGACAAUGACCCCAAACCUCAUCCUGCAGAUUUCGAGUCUUAUCCAGACGAGUUCCUUCGUCGUUAUAAGGAUCACUUUCAUUUGUCGCUGGAAGAUAAUCUCUCCAUCCAAGGAUACCUGCUGGGAUCAGAAUUGGGCGCAAAGACGUACUCGUAUAAGCGGAAUCAAGAUGGGAUUGCGGACGCAAGAGUAACAAAGAAAGAGCUAGCAUCAGAGGUUAAAAGACACUUCACAUCCUAUAGUGUGAAGGAAACGGAGUGCGUACCGGCGUUCAUCUACAAGGUAAAAAACAAGAAAAGGAAAUUUAGAAUGGAAUUCACAGAUCAGUAG